UCGUGGAAGUGCACACACUGGAGAACACGCCCCUUGGAACGUCACAGUGUGAGAUGGGGUUCCUGCUCAUGGACCUGCCUCACAUAUGCAAUGGGCAGUAACACGCCUGUAACCCAGAAAAACUCUGGUAGACACGCUGCUAAUAAGUAACCAGGAAGAUUAGAGUAGGAUGACCCGUCGCGACUCAACCAGUGACGAGAGCGAGGACGACUGCGAGUCUUCCCGCAGUACCAUGAAGGAAUGGUGGGUACAUGUGGGUUUGAUUUGCGUGCCGCUGGUGGCGGUAUACUUGCAUGUCCCUCCGCCUCAGUUGUCUCCAGCGUUGCAGGCAUGGCGCUCGACCGGGGACUUCUUCACUUUCAGAGGCAGCAGUGUAUUUUACAGAGAGUCUUUUGGAGCUCGUGGAAGCUCUGAUGUUGUCAUACUAUUGCAUGGGUUUCCUACCUCCAGUUUAGACUGGUAUAAGAUUUGGGAACCUUUGAAUCAGCGUUUCAAUAGGGUGAUAGCAUUAGACUUCUUGGGCUUUGGCUUCAGUGAUAAACCUAGACCCCACAGAUACUCCAUCUUUGAACAAGCAAGCAUUGUGGAGGCGCUGGUUUCUCAUCUUGGCCUUAAUGAACACAAAAUCAACAUUCUGUCCCAUGACUAUGGAGAUACUGUAGCACUGGAAUUACUCUUCAGGAGUGACCACAAUCGAACAGGACACCUGACAAUUAAAAGUUUAUGCCUCUCCAAUGGAGGGAUAUUCCCCGAGACACACCACCCAAGAUUCCUGCAGAAGGUGUUGAAGGAUGCUGGCUGCCUUGCCCCUGUGCUCACUCGCCUCAUGAACUACUUGCUCUUCUGUAGAGGCAUAGGGGACGUUUUCGGGCCCUUUACCCAGCCCACAGAUCAAGAGUACUGGGACAUGUGGACAGGCAUCCGCUUCAAGGAUGGGAAUCUCGUCAUGGACAGUAUCUUGCAGUUCAUUAACCAGAGGCUGAAACACAGAGAAAGAUGGGUGGGAGCUCUCACGUCAACACUUGUCCCUGUCCAUAUGAUCUACGGCCCACUGGAUCCGGUCAACCCUCACCCAGAGUUCAUCCGCCAAUACCAGAAGCUGGUUUGGAGAUCCACAGUGUCCGUGUUGGAUGAGCACAUCAGCCACUACCCGCAGCUAGAGGAUCCCACAGGGUUCACGAACGCAUAUCUCAACUUCAUCAACUCCUUUUGAGGGUCGGGAAACAUUUAGCCACAAGUGGAUUUGACACCAGCAAACUCCUCCUUUGUGCAAAUCCUCAGUGCUAAUAAGGAUGAGCAGCUCACUUUUGUUCCCUACCAGAAUGCCCAGUGUGAUGUGGCUAUGUACAAAUCUGUUAAUGUAACUGAUCAUGAUGCCUUUUAUUAAAAACAUAUUUUCUAAAA